GCCGCCGGUCCAUGAGCCCCGACCUCAAAGUUUGCGGCGGGCGGGCGGGCGCGGAGCCUCCAAGAUGCCGUUCCACCCGGUGACGGCGGCGUUGAUGUACCGGGGCAUCUACACCGUGCCCAACCUGCUGUCGGAGCAGCGCCCCGUGGACAUCCCUGAGGACGAACUGGAGGAGAUCCGUGAGGCCUUCAAAGUCUUUGACCGCGAUGGCAAUGGCUUCAUUUCCAAGCAGGAGCUGGGCGCGGCCAUGCGCUCCCUGGGCUACAUGCCCAAUGAGGUGGAGCUAGAAGUUAUCAUCCAGCGGCUGGACAUGGAUGGCGAUGGCCAAGUGGACUUUGAGGAGUUUGUGACCCUCCUGGGACCCAAGCUUUCCACCUCGGGGAUCCCAGAGAAGUUCCACGGCACUGACUUUGACACCGUCUUCUGGAAGUGCGACAUGCAGAAGCUGACCGUGGAUGAGCUGAAGCGGCUGCUGUACGACACCUUCUGUGAGCACCUGUCCAUGAAGGACAUCGAGAACAUCAUCAUGACGGAGGAGGAAAGCCACCUGGGCACCGCCGAGGAGUGCCCCGUGGACGUGGAGACCUGCUCCAACCAGCAGAUCCGCCAGACGUGCGUGCGCAAGAGCCUGAUCUGCGCCUUCGCCAUCGCCUUCAUCAUCAGCGUCAUGCUCAUCGCAGCCAACCAGGUGCUGCGCAGCGGCAUGAAGUAG